UUGCUCAAGAGGAGAAACAACACAUAUGUGUGUGGAAUGCUUUAUUAUUAUUAUUCCGACAUGUCUAUUUAAAGCGGGAGUGGGACUGCAGAACACUGAGAUAUGAUUGCCGCUUGGAUGGUCAUGUCAAUGUUUACGAAAUCACAAAUUACGGAGGAUGAAAUUAAGUUAAAGAAAGACAGAGAACACAGUGCCAACCUUACUGAUCACCCACGUUUUAUUUUGACAAGUAAAGAAACAAUGGAGUUGGAAGUACCAGUAGAACAUAAAGGAGUCGUACUGGUGGCUUCAGAUGGUCAAUCUGACAAUCAAGCUGGUUUACUUUCUGCUGCUGCAAGCCAUAAUGGACUUAAGGACAGACAUGAAUCAAUAGACAGUGAUGUCGCAAAAGAGAUCAGAUAUCUAGAUGAAGUGUUGGAAGCAAAUUGUUGUGAUUCUUCGACUGAUACUCCUUUUAAUGGAUCCCCUUCUCCAGAGCCUAACACCAUUACUGUUGAUGGCUCUGGUCCAUAUGUCAUUGUUACAAAUAACUCUCUUUCCACAGUACCUGAAACCAUAGCAGUGGACCGAAAGCCUCUCCCUGUAGUAGACAUUGAGUCUAGUGAAUGCACAAUUAAAAUGAACGGCCAUUCUCAGAAUGAAUUAAAAGAGGAGCAUGUUGAUGAAUUUACGUAUGCAGCUAGUCCAACUCUUUCAAAUGGCUCCCGAAGGUCAUCCAAAGAUGGGGAAAUCACUCCAAAGACUAUAAGAAAAGAAGCAAAGUUUGAGUUACGUGCAUUCCACGAAGAAAAAAAGCCUUCAAAAUUAUUUGACAAUGUCAGUGAGAAGGAAGCUUUUAGGGUAAGAAAAGUCAGACCUACAGAAGAGGUCAUAGAGUUGGAAAAAGAGAGACUUGAACUUAUCAAAAGUCAAGCUGUGAAAAAGAACCCUGGGAUAGCAACCAAGUGGUGGAAUCCACCGCAAGAAAAGACGAUUGAGGAGCAGUUAAAUUUAGAGCACCUCGAAUCACAUAUAAAAUAUAAAGAACGAAAACAGAAACAGCAGCAACAGGGGGCUGCACCUCCUGAAAUAAAGUCUAAUCCAGUUCCUGUUGUACCAUCAGAGUCAAUUGUUGUGAAUAAGGAAGACAUAGUAACUGAGCAAAUAGACUUUUCUGCUGCAAGGAAACAGUUUCUCAGUAUGGAAAAUACAAAUCAACAGAACUUAAAAGUACCAAAGAGAUCAGUUACUUCAAAUCUCUAUUCGGUUAAGCCUUUCUAUAAAUUAAGCAACACCGCUAAACCUCAGUCAUCUGUUACAGUGACAAAUCCAUCAAGUACACAAGUUCAGUUGACACAAGCUGAAGCUGAUGAAAUAUCAUUGGUGAAAGCCCAAAAAGUACACUGUAUUUCCGAAGAUCAGUCCGUGGCCAGUGAGAUACAUUUGCUAGAAACAUCGUCUGGGGAAGUUUCAGGUGAUGAGAAUAUGAAAUGUGGGAAAACAGUGGGCGACGAGAGUGAAUUCUUAAAUGUUCCAGCAACUUUGACUGUUGUUAAGGAUGAUGAAAAUUACACAUCAGACCGUUUUUCGAAAUCUGUCAUAAUCGCUUCGCCUCCAGAGGAGCUGGACUCCGGAUUAGAUGACCUUUCUGUGAAGUCACAGGAUACUACUGUCAUGGAAACACUCUCAAAUGACUUCAGCAUGGACAAUAUAAGUGACAGUGGCACAUCAAAUGAAACUAUGAAUGCCCUGAAUGAAAAUUCCCUAGGGGAAUUUUCACAACCCCAAACGCCUCUUAAUGACACCCUUGCUGAUUACACACUAGAUGAAAACUCAAAAUCAUUUAGCGAUCUCGGUUUUUAUUCACCAUCUUCCAUGUUUCCUGACUCAGUUCUUUUGGAUGACAAUAUAGAAUAUCAUGCAGGUCUUUUGGUGCAAAGUGUAAUUCAGCAAGCUCUCGCUGAGAAAGCUGGCAUGGUAGAAUGUACUAAAAUACAAGAUUCAGCAGAUACCAACUUCACUGAAGACAAUGAGACAUUAGAAGAACAAAAUAUUAUAGAGACCACUUCCACACCACCUCUUAGUCCAGAGAACAAGGACAAUUCAGUAUUUGAGCCUCCUCAAGUUUCAUCUCCAAUGCCAGAAAUGAGGGGUGUGACAGUGACACCAAAGUCUACCGAACAAAACUUGGAACUCAGUCUCGAAAAGAAGCGAGAAUAUUCUCCAGUGCCACCAGUGAUGGAACUAGAAGGUGGUGAAGAAUAUAAACAAGAAAGUUACUUCAGCAAAUACUCCCAAGCUGCUGAGUUGAGAAGUACAGCAUCGAUCUUGGCAACACAAGAGCCAGAGAUAACAGUGGGACCUUUUAAACUAAGGUCGAAAAAGCAGCGAACUUUAUCCAUGAUUGAAGAAGAGAUCAGAGCUGCACAGGAUAGGGAGCAGGAGUUAAAGAGACAAAGGCAAAGCCUGCAAACUCCUCCAAGUCCCACAGUAAAAAAUGCACCUGCAUUGCCAACCAGAACAGUUACCUACAAGACUGCACCUGAUAAGGAGUUGAAAUGA